AUGGCCAAGUCGAAGAACAGUUCCCAGCACAACCAGACGGCGAAGGCGCACCGCAACGGCAUCAAGAAGCCCAAGACCUCGCGCUACCCUUCCCUCAAGGGAACCGACCCCAAAUUCCGCCGAAACCACAGACAUGCCCUGCACGGCACCCAGAAAGCUCUGAAAGAGGCCAAGGAGGGCAAUUAA